AUGGCCUCUAUUGCUGUCAAUUCUAGGUCUAAGACCAUCAAGGGCUACUCUAGCUCUCUCGAUACAUUGUUGAUUGCUCCAAUUGUUAAGAAGAUUAGCAAAGAGAACAGGUUGGACCCCAACAGAAUCAGACUUACCUACAAGGAUGCCAAUGGAAAGCACUUGCCAUUAGACACUUCCAAGUCCUUGAUGGACUACUUUGGCGGCAGUGAGUUGACCAAGGUUGUUGAUAUUUAUGCUAAGGAUUUGGGUCCUCAGAUCGCGUGGAAGACCGUGUUCUUCUUGGAGUACUUGGGUCCUCUUGUGCUUCACCUUCUCUUCUACGCCUAUUUUGCUGGCUUCAAGCAGGUUUCUCAAUCCCAGACCCAAGUUUUUGCUUUUAUCAUGGUUACCUUGCACUUUGCAAAGAGAGAAGUCGAGACAAUUGCUAUCCACAAGUUCUCGAAUGCUACAAUGCCUCUCUUUAACUUGUUCAAGAACUCCAGUCAUUACUGGUUCUUGUCUGGCUUCAACUUGGCUUUCUUUGUCUAUGGCAGAAACUCUGCUUCUUUGGCCUCCGCCAGCUCUCUUGAGAAGUUUAUUUUCCACGUCAACAAUUUGCCUAGCUCUACCAACUACUUGAUCUUUGGUUUGUGGGCCUUUGCUGAAUUGUCAAACUUGAAGACUCACAUUGCUUUGUCCAACCUCAGAAAGAAUGACGACAAGGCUUACGUUAUUCCUCACGGAUACGGUUUCGACUUGGUUGCUUGUCCAAACUACUUCUUUGAAGCACUUUCUUGGAUCUUCUACUCGAUCUUGGUCGGCAACUGGUCAGCUUGGGUAUUCAUGAUUGUCGGAACCGGCCAGAUGUACAUUUGGGCUGUUCAGAAGCACAAGAGAUACUUGAAGACCUUCGGCGACGACUACAAAAAGUUGAGAAGAACCGCCAUGUUCCCAUUCAUCGCCUAG